GUCAGAGUUCAAAGUUCGUCGACCGCCUGCUUCGCGAGUCGCCGUAAAAAAGAAACAUGGCCAAGCAUCAUCCGGAUCUGAUUUUUUGCCGAAAACAAGCAGGAGUCGCCAUUGGAAGACUGUGUGAAAAGUGUGAUGGCAAAUGCGUGAUCUGUGAUUCCUAUGUGCGCCCCUGCACACUGGUGCGAAUCUGUGAUGAAUGCAACUACGGCUCCUACCAGGGUCGCUGUGUGAUCUGUGGAGGUCCAGGAGUCUCUGAUGCCUACUACUGCAAGGAGUGUACCAUCCAGGAAAAAGAUAGGGAUGGCUGCCCUAAGAUUGUUAACCUAGGAAGUUCCAAAACAGAUCUUUUCUACGAGAGAAAGAAGUAUGGAUUUAAAAAAAGGUGAUCGCAUACCACCUUGUGACUGACAUAAUUUGGUAUUUUUUGACUAUGGAAAUAAAAUUGCAAAACCUGUCUUCUAUGCUUUUA